GGGACUUUGUUGAUCAUUGAACCUUCUGUGAUGAAGAUGGUGGUGUACAGGAGUGUGUUGCUGGUAUGUGUGUUGGUCAGAGCCGUGUCCAGUGCUGCGGAGGAGAUUAGCCUAGCUGGUUUGAUCCGCAGAAUCACUGCUGGAGUUCUGGUGCGAGGCCAGCUGCUGGGAGACCACAAAAAUGACCCCAACAACAAAGGGCCCAGAGUUCUGACUAAAGAUGGCAUCGUUAGAGGACUGACUGCAGAUAAAGCACACAUGUUCUACGGAAUUCCGUUUGCUGACCCACCUGUAGCAUCUAACCGCUGGAGACCACCCCAGCUGGUCACACCAUGGACAGGAGAAUAUGACGCUACAUUCCCUCGUGCGGCCUGCAUGCAGCGCUGCAUUGGACCAAUCACUGAGGAGUGUCCAAAAACGGUGAGUGAGGACUGUCUGUACCUGAACGUUUUCGUUCCUCUGAGUGUGAACUUUAGCGCCACCGUGCUGAAACUGCCGGUCAUGGUGUGGAUCCAUGGCGGAGACUUCAUCGCAGGCUCUGCCUCCAAACUGCUGUAUGACUCCCGGUUCAUCAGCAACUUCACACACACUGUGGUGGUCACUGUGGCCUACAGACUGGGAGCGUUUGGUUUUCUGGUGUCAGGGAAGGAUCCCAAAUCAGCUGCAGUGGGGAAUUAUGGAAUUUUGGACCAGCAGGCCGCUCUUCUGUGGGUCCAGCAGAACAUUGCUAUGUUUGGGGGGGAUCCUGGCAAGGUGACAAUAUUUGGUGAAAGUGCUGGUGCUCAGUCUGUUAGUUUACACCUCAUGAUGCAGAGCAGUAAACCACUGUUCAGUCAGGCAGUCCUACAGAGCCUUCCAUUCUCUAUCCCACUAAAGACACGGCAUGAGUCUCUGAAGCUGGGGAAGAAUUUCGCUAAGCUAACCAACUGCUCACUGCAGGACUACCUGUGUCUGCAGUCUCUGAGCUCUCAGACUGUUCUUGCUGCUCAGAUUAAAUCCAGUUCUAAGCUGGUAAAUCCUUUCCGGUUUUUGGAGGUGUUUGAGAGCUGGGGGCCAUAUAUAGAUGGACUGCUGAUCCAGGAACAGGCUGUCAGUGCCUUCCAGAAAGGACACUGGCAGAAGGACAAACCUGUGCUGCUGGGUACCACCUCUGAGGAGGGUGUUAUUUUUGUUUAUGGUGUUUUCUUGAAGCCUGUGUCAGCAGUGGAGUGUACGGUUUACACUACAGCCAUCUUCAAACAACAUACACUCAAAGUUCUGCGCAAAUACCUCCCCCUGUACAAAAACACAGACCACCGGGAUAUGCUUGCACAGAUUGUGACAGAUUACAUCUUCCUGUGUCCCUCCCGGAGGGCUGCUCGUGCUGCAGCACUGUCCAGUGGCUCUGUAUGGACAUAUGUUUUUGAUCACGCUGCGAGUGACCAUCGUGUUUGGUCUGGUUUGACCUUCUGUUAUGAUCAUGUGUGUCAUGGAGCGGAGCUUCCCUUUUUGUUUGGCACAGCCACAGUGGCUAACUUCACCAUGACCCCAGCAGAGCGGCUGCUGUCCAAUCGCAUGCUAUGUUACUGGGGUUCAUUCGCCCAUGCCUCUGACCCCUCCUCACACACCCCACUGACUGAGUUCUGCAGGCAACAGCGCCCCCCAACGUGGCCACGGUACAGCGCCUCCAGCGGUUGGCUAAUGAUGAACUUGACCAUCCACUCACACGCACAGCCUGGAUCACGUAGUGACAUCUGCGAUUUCUGGGACAAACUGGGGAUUUACUGAGCAUUGGCAGGAGCUACACUGGAAUAUGGAGGGUGGGGCUGAGCAUAAGUUGACUAAAAUUAGCUUAUGUAGCUACUGUAGCUACAGUAGCUGCAGUGAUCCACUUCAUUUGCUGGCUAAUCAUCAAGCCAAAUGUUAGCCUUCACCAUGCACAUACCAAACCAAGUAGCUAGCUAUUGACUUAGUUAGCCUACACAACUUGUGUCAGGCUCCAGUCCUCGUGGGCUAAAACACUGCAGAUGUCAGCACACUGUCUCAUUAAACACACCUGAUUCUCCUCAUCAGCUAAUUAGCAAGGCCUUCGUGAACUGAAUUCAGAGGGUUAGAUGAAGGGAAACUCCGCAGCACUAAUCUCUGUGACACUUUGGCCCAGAAGAUCCCCAGUUUGACAUGCCUGGCCUACACCAUGCAGCAACUAGCUAGGUAUUGACUAAGUACCAGGUCAGAACUUAGUUAAACUAGUCAGCUCCAUUUACCACCCAUAAAGUUAUAGAUGAAAUUAACAUACUAAGCAACAUAAUAAGACAGUGAAUUCAACUCAUCAUUGUGGUUAAAAUUACUGGGUAAAAGACGUCUGAUUAACAUUUGAUUGGUCCUUAUUUUUCCUCUGAAAUGUGAUUAGUCCUAAAUUUUCCUAACAAACAUUAUUGGUCAUGUCAUUAUUUUUCCUGUGAGACAUA